AUGAGUUAAAUUAACAAACAAGCAAGCAAAUAAAAAAAGAAAAAUAAAUCAAAUAAAAAUCUAAUAAAUAAAUUAAAAGAGUUAGUUAAUUAGUUAGUUAUAUUGCCUUAAAUUCAUUUUUAGAUUAAAAAAUAUUACAAUUAAAAAACAAAAAAACUGUUUUUACUCUAAAUUAUAACCUAAGCUAAAUGCACCUUAGUCACCAAUUGCAUUAUGAAUUUUUAAAUAGUAAAAAUUGAAAAUAAAAAUGAGUUAAAUUAACAAAAAAACAAAGAAAUAGAAAAAAAAAAAAUAGAAAGAGAAUAAAAAAUUAAAAAUGAAAAAUAAAUAAAAUAAAAAGCUAAUAUUUAAUAGAGGUAUUUAUAUUGUUUUAAAUCCAUUUAUUAAUUUCAAAAAUAUUACAAUUCAAAACAAAUAAACUGUAUUUAUGUUAGAUCAAAUUUCAAAUUUGAAAGAUUUGUGCAGUUUUAUAAGGCAAAAACUAAAAUUGAUGCACCUUGA